UUCUUGAACCAUUUGCGGAAGCUACUCAAUAUUUGGGUGGCUCAUACUAUUCAAUACAAAUUCUUAUACAUUAUGUAAUUGAAAAAUUAAAGGAAAUGUUUAAACCAACAAUUGUUGAAAUAGAUGAAUUGAAUAAUGAAGAUGAAAAGGAUACAUUUAAUUAUGAAGAAAAAGAACAAACUAAUUAA